AUGAAUCCUUCUAGCAUUCAUACUAUGGAAGUUUAUGCUGAAUCUGAGCCAAGCAGGGAAGUUCUGGACUAUAUGAAUAAGUAUUAUGAAUUACCUUUUAACUUCUUUUUUGGCUCUUUCGAAUUUAUCCAAGGUCAAAAAGAUGCAGAAGAGAAAUGUAGACGCUGUCUUAAGAUCUUCAAUAAAGAGAGUUUAACCUUUCCUGGCAACGGCAGUAAUGCUUCCAUGGUUUUUUCAUACAUUAUAGAACCGCUCAAAUCAAUUGGUGCCACUCUUCCUCAGUAUUGUGAUGCUAUUGCUGAAUCAUUUCUAUUAUGCUCAAAUAUAUCUUUAGACCCGAGUUUUCAGCUCACAGACGAUAACUACAAUCUUAUCAAAAAUGGGGCUGAAUCCAUAUACUAUGCAAUGCGCUCGGAUGCAGAAGACAUGAUUCGUUAUGAUAUUUUGCUAUUCCUUCACCAGAAUUUCAAAACCAAUGUAGUGUUUCCAGAAUUUGGACAGUUUAGAGAAGAUGUUGGACAAAUUAGAGAAGAUGUUGGACAAAUUAGAGAAGAUGUUGGACAAAUUAUAGAAGAUGUUGGACAAAUUUGUGAGUCACUUGAAGAGGUGAAAAAGAUGUUCAAGAGAUGA